ACGGCCUCUCACCUCACCUCAAUGUCAUGGCGGUCCAAGUUCAACGCUGAAGAGGUUCAGAAACUACUUGACGAAUUUGGUACCUCCGCCACACUCUGCAACAUUCUAGACAAGACCUUCGUUGACCCAGUUUGGACACCCCGAGAGAACUAUGUCGAUGACGAUGAAGUCACAAGGGAGCAGGAAAUCCGCAAACACGUCCUGUCGUUGAAUAUUCCCGAUUUAAUCAUUGUUGGAGAGCCUCCGAUGCUUCUGCAUCGUCUAGGGACUUUUUAUUCCGACAGGGCCCUAAAAUCACGUCUGGAUAGCGUUUUUGGGGGAAAUCAUACGUGCGGCUCAUUUGCAUCAAAUUUGUAUUUGUACUUACAGUUCUUCAGAUUUCUGCUUAAUAGCUCUGGAACGGGGAAGACAAGGAUCCUAUUUGAAGGCCUUUGUCAACAUUGGGGCCUCUAUCUCACAUCCAGGGUAGAUUCCUCUGAACUUGGAUGGAGGGAUUUACAAACUGCCCUCCAUUACCGGGGUGAAAUCACUGAACAGAAAGGCUUUACUCGCUAUUUCUUCGAGGAACCCUCCUCCUCUGAAGAUGGACACCCGUCACCCAGCGGCGAGGAACCAAUCUCCAAUGUGACCGAGGCCAACUUCAAUCUCAAUCUCGCGCUCGCCCAGCGUUUUCUCAGUGCUCUUCUUCUAUCUCAUCUCCUCCUCCUUAAACGAUAUUUGGAAACAGUGGCAGCUCGUGGGUAUCACAAUGAAUUUCACAAGAAGACUUGGCUCAAAUUGCAACUUCAUUUCUACGACAUAAAUAUAUCCUAUCGAGACAUCACCAAAGCGUUGCUUUCUUUACUUCCAGAGGAUAACGAUAUCGACCGCGCCAUAUCCGAUACGAUAUCUGAAAUCUUCGACAUACCCGAAGUCACAGGCCCCAUGUACGUUACUCUCGACGAGGCGAAUUUUGCCUCGCAUCAAUUGGAGGAUUGCUUCCGGGAUAGGGAAGGGCGACGACAUUCUGCACUGAAGGCUGUCUUAGAGACCUGGAAGCGGCACCUCAUACCCCCCAAGUUUGUGCUCGUUGUUGCGGGCACCGAGAUUCCACGCGCCGAUUUUACUGGAUCCGGGUGGUCUGAUUGGGUCUGGAGGUCCAGUACGGGUGCAUUUGACGACAGGGAGAUCCAGAGGCAGUACGCCUUAUCUCUUCUUCCUCCCAACCUUCCUUCCUCCCCGACAGGACAACGCCUGCUUGAAAGGAUAUGGAAAUGGACCCGUGGACGACAUCGGUGUACAGCCUCCUUCUUGUCUGUUCUUCUCGAAGAACGAUUCGUGCUGCCACACGUGCAUCUGAACCGUUUCAUCGAUUGCCUUAGUGGUGGUUACCAGCCUAAAGACCUUGAGGGAGAGGACAAAGGUUCGCUAGGCGGAUUCAUGAGCGAGCCUUCAUUCGACAUAGUGAACUUCGAUGUAUUGGAUUCAAAUAGGCGGCUCGCAUCGUGCCUGCAUGCGAGCUUGGUGUCCAUCCUCCUGCAGUCCACAGAACGUUUAUACUUCUCUGGCGAAGACGUCGCCCUCGUGAACCAUACGUUUGGGCGUUUCAUCGAUACCCGGUGCGAUUGCAUUGUAAUCGAUGAACCGUUUCUACUUGCUGGAGCUGCCAUGUGGUUUUGUGAUGAAGACCAUUCCCUCGUUGAGUUUCGGUACUUCAAGGAGAAAGUCCUCGAACCUGGGAUCUCCCCGCAACAUGCCGCCGGAUUCGCAGCACUCUGCUUGGCUGCUGCUUUCGAUUCGGAAGAGGGCCGCCCGCUUGGGGAAGUGUUCAGCUUUCCGAAUGUUCCCAAGAAACUGAAGGGGCUGAAAAAGGUUGAGGCGACCAUUGUGACGUGCAGGGUUUCGAGAAAAAAGGCGAAGGAUACGGUGUUACGGUUUUCGGAGGAUCCCUGUCAGAAAAUCGUUUCUUGGUGUCAUUCGGCACGAGAUGCGAUUGGCUGGAUGAAGGACCCUGCAACGCCCUUUUGCAUCUACGCUCCAGAGAACGAGACGGCGACUCUUAUAUUUGUCGUGAAGACCGCUACCGGGGAACGGUUUUGGGUCUUUCUACGGGUGCUUAUACCCUCACAUGACGAUACCGAAUCUCUCGCUCGAGCGCAGGACCUCGCGCUUUCGAGCCAUCCGGACAGGGUUUUCAACCAUGCGAUCUCUCCAUCCGAAACUACUAAGGUUCUCGAAUCUCUUCCCGACCUCUCCUCUCACAUCGGCCAAUCUGGCGUCCUGACAGUCGUCGUAUCCUUUACUGAGGACCUGGACCUUUCGAAAAUCAGUACUGGCAAAGCUUCCGGAACAUCCACUCUCAACCUCACCACGAUCGCUUCGAGUACGAAAGCUUAUGCUCGGAAUAAAAUGGUGAUGAAAAGCAUUGUUGAUGCUAUCGUUACGAACGCCGUAGCUAACGAUGCGCCUCCGAGGCCUCCUGAACGAACAGGCGCGGCCGCUCAACCCGCUCCUGAGAGCAAACCCGUUUCCAAAAACGAACCUAAACCUGGUGCAUCUCGCGUAACGAAGAGAAAAGUGGAGGUGGAGGUUUCUGUUCAGGUGGAGGAGGAAGGGAGUUCCGAAGAUGAAAGGAAAUCGAGAAAGAAGGGAAAGGGAAAGGAGAAGGCUGAGGGGCCAGCACCCUCAUCUUCGAAAUCUAACAAGAAACCGCAAACUUCAGCGGGUGGUACGCGAAGGUCCGCUCGGUUGGCGGCUAAAGCGUGUAACGUGUAGAGAACCGUUGUUCUCUCCCCCCCGUUUUUUCGUGAUAUUUGUUAUCAAAAUCAAAAUCGUUUCAUCGCAUUGCUAUUUGCUUCCAUGGAUCCGUACUUUCGAGCUUGACAUUUAUUGUUGUACUCUAUCUAUAGUCAUCAUAUACUUCGGAUAUCUUUGUACUGUAUUAGAAGCCAAUCAUAGCUUUGACAAGAC